AUGGCCCAAUUCUCGAGGCUUCGCGUCCCUGACGCCUCCUCGAGGGCCGGCGAAACGUCGCCGUCGCCAUCGGUCGCCCAAACAGCCGAAUUCGACUUGGACAGCAAUUUCGAGCUCGACGAUACGGAAGGGGAUUUGCAAUUCCGUGAGGCAGAGCUCGGUGGAGGCCAGGCCUAUGAGCUCAAGAGCUUGGUAAACCCAGCAGGAAAGAAGGACGAUGGAGGCGAAGACGACCCGUUUUCUUCACGGAGACGGAUGAGCAACAGCACCGUUUCAAGCUUUCAACUAUAUACCCCAGAUGAGGAAAGCGCAGUUGUUCGCAAAUUCGAUAGACGGUUGGUUCUGUUCGUGGCGCUUCUGUUCAUGCUGAGCUUUCUGGAUCGGUCAAAUAUUGGCAACGCGCGCAUCGCAGGCAUGGAUGAGGAUCUUCAAUCGCAGCCGCCUUGGGAUGGAUGGUACGAAUGGACGCUGACAGCCUUCUAUAUCGCGUACAUCGCCUUCGAAUGGAUGUCGUUAUUGUGGAAGCUUAUUCCGGCGCAUAUAUACGUCUCCAUGAUUGUCUUAUCGUGGGGCUUGACCGCUGCGCUCCAGUCAGUCGCCGUGUCCUAUCCAAUGCUCAUCUUUUUCCGCGUUCUACUGGGAAUUGGAGAAGCAGGGUUCACUGGGAUUCCGUUCUAUUUGUCCUUCUUUUUCAAGAGGGAGGAACUUGCGUUCCGUACUGCUAUCUUCAUAUCAGCUGCGCCGCUAGCGACAACCUUUGCGUCUUCACUGGCCUGGCUGAUCAUCAAUUUCGCCGAAUAUGGCCCAAUCGCUCCGUGGCGCCUACUUUUUCUAGUCGAGGGGUUCCCCUCCGUCCUGGUAGCUGUAGCUGCCUGGCACAUUAUCCCGGACACUCCGGAGACGGCACCGUAUCUCACGGCACGAGAACGCAAAGUGGCACGACUCCGACUUCGACAUCAGAAACCGCAUCAGACACGUGGCGAAAAGAAGGCCCCUGGUCUGAAGCUUCGCGAAGUGGUUGUCAUCCUCUGCGAUCCAAUGGCCUGGUUGACGGCUGCAAUGUUCUUUCUAACCAACAUGGCGUACUCUUCCCUGCCCGUGUUCCUGCCUAAGAUUCUUCACGAGAUGGGUCACUCCCGCUUGGAAUCACAGGGGCUUAGUGUACCUCCUUAUUUUCUGGCCUUCCUCUUUGUUUUGCUGACGGCACACUUAUCCGACCGAUUUCAGAUUCGAUCGGGCCCAAUAAUCUUCCACGCUCUCGCAUCGGCGGCUGGAUAUGCCGCCUUGGCAUUUUCAGAGCCAUUCGGCCUGCCUCCGCCGCUGCGCUACCUGGCUGUGUAUCCCGCUGCGAUAGGAUUCUUCAACGUGGUGACACUCACCAUCGCAUGGAGCAUCAAUAACCAGCCCUCCGAAAGUAGGCAAGGGGGUGGAUUCGCCUUGAUGCAAUUCAUUGGGCAAUGUGGACCAAUCGUGGGGACGAGGUUGUAUCCGGAUCGAGAUGCACCCUUCUAUGCGCCUGGCAUGCGAACCUGCGCAUGCGCGAUGCUCGCUGUAGCUGUUCUCGCGCUCAUCCUAAGAUGUUACCUCGGCUUCUUGAACCGAAAGAUAGACGCAUCAACCGCAGACAGCGUUGAUGUCGAAGAAGAACAAGGCCUCGUCGGUUCUGUUGGGCGUUCAAAGACAGUGAAUGAAAACUUCAGAUACAUACUUUGA